CAUUGAAUCCAAAUCAUAAGAAUUGUCAAUGAAUAAAUACAUGUGUUCAUGAAACAUUUUAUGAACAUUUUACAUGUUUAGAAUCGACAAUGAAAUAUCAUUAAUGGAUUAAUGGAUAUAAACGCUCUUCCCAGAUUGUUUUAUCAUAUUCUUCAAUAUCUACCUAUAGAUGAAAGGAAAAAAAUUUCCAGAAUAUUUUUAAAACAUUCCCAAUGCUUUCGAUUACUUGAAGAUGAAUUAAAACAUAUAAAAUCCAUAGGCAUUUACAAUGUAGAUGUGGAGAAAAAGCUACAAUUAUCAUAUCCAAAAAUUUUAUCCAGAAUCAAAAAAGGAAAUGAUGAAUUAAUUGAACGAUGGUAUUGUAAUGAUCCUCGACAUAUACCUCAAGAAUUUUUCUCUACCAAUUUAGUUUUGUUCAAACAGUGCAUAGAUUGCCGUGAAUCAUUAUUGAAAUGUAUCUUAAAAAAGUGUUCAUCUCUUGAAUCUCUGGACUUGAGGGGAUUCGAUAUGACAGCCGAUUUGUCCUACUUUAUCUCCAAACAUUGUCCAAAUUUAUAUUGUCUAAAACUCGAAUUCAUAUCAUUCAAAUCAUUAUAUGAUGCCAAUAUGUUUUUGUAUUGUUUAGGCAAUCAAUUACAACAUCUUUCCAUCGAUAAUUUAUUUUUGAAGAGUUAUUUUUUUCGUCAUUUGUUUUAUCGUUCCCCUAUGCUCAAUCAAUUACAUUUAACAAUAUUUUCGCAAACCGAAGAUGAUUUUGAUUCAUUACCUAAUGCUUUCAGCAAACUUAAAAAUAAUCUCGAGUUUCUAUCGUUGUAUUUUUUCAAGAUUCCACACAUGAAAACAAUUGAUUCACCUCAUAAAUUCAUUGAUAAUCUGGCAAUAUCUCCUUUGUUACAUUGUCUUCGUUUUCUCAAAGUAAAAUCUAGCCACCACUAUUGGGAUAAUUAUAGCAUAAUUGAAUCAGUGAAAAAAUUUGAAAAUUUAUUAGCAUUAAAUUUUAAUUUUAUGAUUUAUUAUGAUUCAAAAUUUAAAUAUAACAUGGAAAAUUCAUGGACGAAUUUGAAAAGUUUGACACUUGAUUUCUACCUCCUGAAAGGUUCCAAAAAUCUAUUGAUUCAAUUUCUGAAGGGUGGUUACCACCAGAAUUUAUCUCGAUUACGCUUAUUAGAUCUGAAAUUUCAUCCUAGUUUGUCCAAACAUUUGAAUGGUAAACAACUGCUCAACUUGACUCGACUUGAAUUGAUCGAUGUCGUUUUAAAGACUUCAGGCUUGAUCUCAUUAUUUUCAUCAUUGUUGUCCAUAUCUAAAUUACGAUGCCUGUGGAUUGAGUUUACACUGAAAGCAAAAAUGGUCAAAAACAUUGAUCAUAUACAAUAUCAGAAUGAUUUAGAAUUAUUAUAUCAAUUCCCUGUUCAACAAAUAAAUUUGAUUGAAGCAUUCAUAAAAGAACAUCCCAGUAUUGAAUCAAUAUUUUUCAUUGAUUGGCCCGGUUUAAAACUAGAUCAUCUUAUACAUUUGAAACGAAUUGCUGAAGAAAAAAUGAUCAAUCUUACCUAUAGAUGUUAUACUCAUUGAAUAUUAUUCUAUUUUUUUUA